GUCUUACAUGGUAACACGUUGUGAGGCUCGCCUAUCGAAGUCAUACGUUUAGGACAAUCUUGAGACACACUUUUUUUCUAAAUCGGUUGAUCGGAACUAAUGGUCUAACAAGAUGCACUUUUCUCAGAUCACAAUCAUGUUGUAUGGACUUUUAACACUGGUGUCAAUUGGCACUGGCAUAUUGUUCAUUAAUUAUUAUCUCGAAAAUAUCCUUCCAAUACAAUGGGUAAAAACGAAAUCAAGAGAAAUUGCAGAUAAACAUAUAUACAAGAAAAUAUAUUCAAUAACUUGGAAUAAAUGCCCACAGGAAACACCAAAAUAUUUGCUGACAUUCAAGUUUAGGAAUUGUGCGUUCAGGAAUUGCAAGAUUGGUGUAGCAUCGGAUGAAACUUCAUUUAGUAAAAGCGAUGCUGUGUUAUUUUAUCAUACUAGCCUUCAUGGUACAUUUAAGGUGCCAGCUAAGUCAGCAAAUCAGAAAUGGGUAUUCGUCUCUGUUGAGUCUGAAACAUAUACAGUCACCAGCUUUAAAAAAAAAAAAGAAUGGGACAAUAAAUUUGAUUGGGUACUCAGCUAUAGAUCAGAUGCUGAUAUAUAUUUUCCGUACGGAGAACUGGCAAGAACAAAAAUACAAACAGAGAAAAACUACACAAGGAUUUUCCUUCAAAAGUCGAAAAAUGUUGCUUGGGUAGUUAGCCAUUGCAAUUCUUCAUCAACAAGGAACGAGUACAUGCAGGAGAUGAAUAAAACCAUAGAUGUUGACGUAUUUGGAUUGUGCGGUAAACCGUGUUCAUUGUGGAAUGAGGACCCCUGUUUCAACGAUUUAAGUAAAGUUUAUAAAUUUUACUUGGCAUUUGAAAAUUCUCUAUGUGAAGACUAUGUCACUGAAAAGGCAUACCGGUUCUAUCAGGACGGUUUUGACCUAAUCCCAGUGUACCGAGGAGCUCCGAAUAUAAGAAACAUUUUACCAAAAGGUACCUUUAUCUCCUCUUUAGACUUUUCAUCGCCUAAAGAACUAGCUUCAUAUCUUAAACAUGUCGGAAGUGAUGAAAAUUUGUACACUAGUUAUUUGAAAGCAAAAGAUAAGUUCUUCUCAAGCUCGUAUUCACACCAGGAAAUGUUGCAAACUCUUCAUUGUUCUGUUUGUGAAAAACUCAACUCAGGGUUUAAGCGAAGCAUUAAAUUGAAUUUAAUACACUGGAUACUUGAAAAGAAAUGCCAUAUUCCCACAGACAUUUAACAAUAUGGUAUGCAAUGUUAUAACUCAAAUUGAGGCGUUGAGACAACUGCAUCACUAUAUAUUUUACCAAAAAAAAUGAAGUGGGGAAAGAGAAAGCAAUAUAUGAUAUACAACAUGUACGUAUUUGGAAUUUGCGGUAAAAAGUGUUCAUUGUGGAAUGGUGAUAUCUGUUUUAACGAUUUAAAUAAAGUUUAUAAAUUUUACUUGGCAUUUGAAAAUUCUCUAUGUGAAGACUAUGUUACUGAAAAGGCAUACAAGUUCUAUCAGGACGGUUUUGACAUACUCCCAGAGUACCGAGGAGCUCCGAAUAUAAGAAACAUUUUACCAACAGGUACCUUUAUCUCAUCUUUAAACUUUUCAUCGCCUAAAGAACUAGCUUUACACGUGGGAAGUAAUGAAAGUUUGUACACUAGUUAUUUGAAGGCAAAAGAUCAGUUCUUGUCAAGCCCGUGGUCACGACAGGAGAUGUUGAAAUCUCUUCAUUGUUCUGUUUGUGAAAAACUCAACACAGGGUAUAAACGAAGCCCUAAACUGAAUUUAACACACUGGAUGCUUGAAAAGAAAUGCCUUAUCCCUAAAGACAUUUGACAAUUUUACAUGCAAUAACGUAGUUUACAUUGACACAAAGGCAAAGGGACAACUGCCUCGCUAAAUGUUUUACUGAGAAAAGUGAGGGAGGAAACUAGAGAAAGAAAGAUAUGAUGUACAACUAGUUUUCUAUUAUAGCCCCUAUUUUUGGACUUCCCUCCCUUUACCACAA